AUGGAUCAUCGAAAAAAGAAGAGAAAGGUGCUUCUUAUGGGGAAGAGUGGCUCGGGCAAGUCGUCGAUGCGCUCGAUUAUAUUUAGCAAUUAUGUGGCUAAGGAUGUACGGCGGUUGGGAGCUACAAUUGACGUCGAGCAUAGCCAUGUCAAGUUCAUGGGCAAUCUGACGCUGAAUCUUUGGGAUUGUGGAGGGCAAGAUGCAUUUAUGGAAACAUAUCUCGCUUCGCAGCGAGGGAAUAUCUUUUCGGAUGUUGCGGUGCUUAUCUACGUCUUCGAUAUCGAGUCCCGGGAGGUCGACCGAGACCUUGACACUUACACCGCUAUCAUCGAUGCUUUGAGAGAGAACAGUCCGCACGCUAAUGUCUUCUGUCUCGUGCACAAAUUGGAUCUGAUCCAGGCUGAGCACCGCCAACGGAUUUACGAGGAGAGAUCGGCCCUGAUACGCAGUCGCUCGGACCAUUUCGCGAUAGACACCUUUGGAAGUAGUAUCUGGGAUCAAUCUCUGUACAAGGCAUGGGCGGGUAUCGUGCACCGGCUGAUUCCGAACCUGACGGUCAUCGAGCGGUUCCUGAGCGCCUUUGCUAAGCGGAUCGAUGCGGAGGAAGUGAUACUCUUUGAGCGGUCGACAUUCCUCACCGUGACAUCCGUUGCGUCCGAAGUCGGCGACCUGAACCCGAUUUACGAUCGACACGAACGGCUCUCCAACAUCAUGAAGGCAUUCAAGCACUGCGCCGCCAGAAACACACACACCACCCCGGCAACCGCCGGCUUCCUCGUCAUGCACACCAAAACCCCGCAGUUCAACGUCUUCCUCGGCCGUUUCACCGAUAACACAUACAUCUUCAUGGUUGUGCCUCCUGGGGAGGCAGCAUACAACUGCGCCGUGAUGAACACCAUGCUGGCCAGAGAGGGCUUCUCCAAAGCAGCAGCGGCAGGAUACGGGGACGGCUUUCCACUUCCCGCACCGGAAACCCCAGACGGACAUGUCUGA